CAAACUCGGGUAAAGAGGGAGAGAGAGGACAGAGAGACAGAGAAGAGAACUGAGGAAAAAAACAGAAGCAAAAGUAGCUUCAUCUGAAGAUUCUCUCUCUUUCUCUCUCUCUUUUUCUCUCUUCUUAUAAUUUGUUUCUCACUUCAUUUCUUUCUCUCUCCCUGUGAUAUACAGCAAUUCUCGCAUUUCUUUCACCAUCAUGAUCUCCUCAAGCAGAUGCACCUUCCUGAGCAACUCAGGGUUAGGUGGGUCUAGCGGUUUCUCUGGUUUGCAGAGAAAGCGUUUAGCUCCUUUCAGGGUGGUAUGUUUGGCCCCAAGCAGCAGCAAGUCGGGUGACAGAAACGGCAGCGUUGUGAUGGAGACGCCGUUGAAAGAAAUGAAAAACGAUUCCACGGUGGCUGACGUGGACGAUAACCCGAUCUCCGCCGGCGGCCCUCAGGAUGUGUACGGCGAGGAUAGAGCCACGGAGGAUCAUUUUGUUACUCCAUGGAGUGUCUCUGUUUCCAGUGGUUAUACAUUGUUGCGAGAUCCCCACUUCAACAAAGGGCUGGCGUUCACUGAAAAAGAGAGGGAUGCCCACUACUUGCGUGGUCUUCUUCCCCCAACAGUUAUUCCUCAGGAAACUCAGGUGAAGAAAAUGAUCCAGCACAUACGUCAGUAUCAAGUUCCAUUGCAGAAGUACAUGGCAAUGAUGGAUCUUCAGGAGAGAAAUGAACGGCUGUUUUACAAACUUCUUAUUGAUCACGUUGAAGAGUUACUCCCAGUUGUCUAUACUCCAACUGUAGGUGAAGCUUGCCAGAAAUAUGGGAGCAUCUUUAUGCGUCCUCAGGGUCUUUAUAUAAGUUUGAAAGAGAAGGGGAAGAUCCUUGAAGUGCUUAGGAAUUGGCCUGAGAAGAACAUUCAAGUCAUAGUUGUAACUGAUGGAGAACGGAUCCUGGGUCUUGGGGAUCUUGGUUGUCAGGGUAUGGGAAUACCAGUAGGAAAGCUUUCUUUAUAUACAGCACUCGGAGGAGUUCGUCCUUCAGCUUGCUUGCCUAUUACCAUUGAUGUGGGUACCAACAAUGAGAAGCUGCUGAAUGAUGAAUUAUAUAUUGGGCUAAAGCAAAGACGAGCAACUGGACAGGAAUAUGCUGAACUUCUGCAUGAAUUUAUGACUGCAGUCAAGCAAACUUAUGGGGAAAAAGUCCUAAUUCAGUUUGAAGACUUUGCAAACCACAAUGCCUUUGAUCUACUUGAAAAAUAUAGAUCAACACAUCUGGUUUUUAAUGAUGAUAUUCAGGGUACAGCAUCUGUGGUCCUUGCUGGACUAGUUGCGGCUCUGAAAUUGGUUGGGGGAAAAUUAGCUGACCACAGAUUCUUAUUCCUUGGUGCUGGAGAGGCAGGCACUGGAAUAGCAGAACUCAUAGCACUUGAAACAUCAAAACAGACAAAUGCCCCACUGGAGGAAGUGCGCAAGAACAUUUGGUUGGUGGACUCAAAGGGAUUGAUUGUCAGUUCCCGUAAAGAAUCACUCCAACAUUUUAAGAAGCCCUGGGCUCAUGAACAUGAACCUGUUAAACAACUCGUAGAUGCUGUUAAUAAAAUUAAACCAACAGUGUUGAUUGGAACAUCGGGACAAGGAAGAACUUUUACUAAAGAGGUGGUUGAGGCCAUGGCCUCUAUUAAUGAGAGACCUAUUAUUUUUUCUCUUUCCAACCCAACGUCACAGUCAGAAUGUACUGCUGAAGAAGCUUAUAAGUGGAGCCAGGGACGUGCCAUUUUUGCAAGUGGGAGCCCAUUUCCUCCAGUUGAAUAUGAGGGGAAAGUGUUUGUGCCUGGCCAGUCCAAUAAUGCAUACAUAUUUCCUGGAUUCGGUCUUGGUUUAAUAAUGUCUGGGACCAUUCGAGUGCAUGACGACCUGCUUCUGGCUGCCUCGGAGGCUUUGGCUGCUCAAGUGACCCAGGAGAAUUUUGACAAGGGACUCAUAUUUCCACCAUUUACUGACAUUAGAAAGAUUUCAGCACACAUAGCUGCCAAUGUUGCUGCUAAGGCUUAUGAGCUUGGCUUGGCUACUCGUCUUCCUCAACCCAAAGAUUUGGUGAAGUUUGCUGAGAGCUGUAUGUAUACCCCAGCCUACAGAAGCUACCGGUGAAGUGACAAUUGCUCGAUUUUCUUUUUCUUUUUUAUUUAUUUUUUACAUUUAUGACUUUUAUCAUGAAAUCAUUUUGUUGUCAUUUUUUUUAAUAUUAUUUUUCCUUCUUGUCUCUUAUCUGUUCUUGUAAGUUAUUGUAUUGGGUGGGUUAGGACUUAGGAGGUUAGGACGGUGCUGGUAGUAGUUGUUGGACUACUCCCAAAAGGUAGCUUCAAAUGUUAUGUGACAGUAAUCAAAAUUAGAAAAGGAAGCAUUUUAUGCAGUCCGCAUAUAUCAAUGUAUGAAAAGUGAU